AUGGAUAAUUUAUUAUAUUACAUUAUGCUGCAAAAUAACAGCGUCCAGCCUAUAAUUGUAAAGCAACCAUCUGCUAUAAUAAUACACACUCAACCUAAACACCCAAUCACUUUAGAUUUACCCCCACAAAAUAUAAUUUUAAAAAAUGAUGAACCAAGACCAAUAAUAGUUAGACAACAAAAUCCAAAUGUAAUCAUUCAAAAAUCUCAAAAUGAGUUUUAUGACAAUAAUAAUAUUUCAAUAGGGGACUACAACAAAUUUAAUGGAUUAAAUCUAAAUAAUACAAAUAGUAUAAUGGAAUAUGGUAUUAAUCAAAAUAAAAAUAAUUUAGAUACUAUAAAAUUAAAUGACCACGUUGAUGUCCCAUAUCUAUAUCAUCAUAAUGGUCAAAUUUUUGAUUAUGAAAAUAAAGCAAUACCUAUAAAUAAUAUGCAUUAUAAUAAUAUCCCUUUAAAUAACGAUAAUAAUUAUUCACCUUACAAUAAUUUCCAAUGUUCAAAUAAUAACACAGGGUGA